CAGACAGCACCCGUGGUCAGGAUCGAACCCGCGACUCCGGCGCUGCAUUCGCUGUAAGGCAGCAACUUGCGCUGCGUCGCCGUGACGUUCACGAUACCGCCCACAUUCAGAUCUGUGUUCAGCAGCUCCACGUCUGUGAGAGCCCGAGUUUAAAUGGCUGCAAAAGACCCAGUCGAGAGUUGGACUGAGGAGGCAGUUUGUCCCAUCUGCUUGGAUUUCUUCACCAAUCCGGUGACACUGGAGUGCGGGCACAACUUCUGCCGCUCCUGCAUCACACAGAGUUGGGACAGGGAGGGGAGAAACUCCUGCCCGGAAUGUAGAGAGGAGUUUACAGACCGCACCCUCAGGGUGAAUCGGGCCUUGGCGAGACUGUCUGAGAAAGCUCGAACACUGAGCCUGAAUCGGACAGAGAAGGCAAGUAAACCUCACUGCGAGAAACAUCAGGAAGAACUGAAGCUGUUUUGUGAAACUGACAAGAAGCUGAUCUGUGUGAUUUGUGCAGCCGGCAGGGAACACAAGUCUCACAGCUUCAUGCCGGUAGAUGAAGCUGUUGCAAUCUACAAGGAUCAGGUGAAAUCAUCCUUCGAAUCUCUCGCUGAAAAUAAAGCAGAUAUUCUGGAAAUGGAGCAGCAACAGAAAGAGAAUAUUUCUGGAUUUCAGAAACAGUCACACAGCCUUCAGUCGCAGGUCACAUCCCAGUUUGCUGAACUGCACCAGAUUCUCACUGAGAAAGAGCAGCACUUACUCGGAAAUAUCCGGGAAGAAGAGGCGAAGAUUGUGAAAACAAUGGAGAAAAAUCUUCAAGAGAUUCAAGAGAAUUUAAAUUCCAUUCGGGAGGAACUCUCAAAGUUACAGGAACAGAUAGACCAGAAGGACGGCGUGAUGUUUCUGAAGGAGGAAGCUGGUCGCAAGAGCAGGGUUAUUGAUGAAACCAAACCAAUGUUGGUGGUAGAUAGCGCGUUGCCCAUUGAAAACUAUGAUCGCACCUUUUUCUACAACGUGGCAUUGAGAGAAACAUCUGAUAUCAUCAACCGAGUCUCCGUCACCCUGGAUCUGGAAACAGUCCAUGCACAGCUCGAGGUGUCUGAGGAUCAGAAGCGGGUGAAACUGACCGGGACCGGGAGGCGUCUCCCUGACACCGAGAAGAGGUUUACAGACAGGUCAUGUGUGCUGGGAUCGGAGGGAUUCACAUCGGGGAGACAUUACUGGGAGGUGGAGGUGGCGGGGAGUCGGUACUGGAGCCUGGGAGUCGCCGCAGAGUCUGUGGAGAGGAAGAGUCUGGUUACAUUGACCCCGGAAACUGGUGUCUGGAGGAUCAGACGGCGGGAUGACGUGUUUGAUGCACUCACCUCCCCUCCAUCCCCUCUCUCCGCCCGUCCCAUCCCCGGGAGGGUGGGAGUUUAUCUCAGUUACGAGUCCGGGACAGUUUCAUUUUACGACGCAGACACCAAGUCCCAUUUCUACACCUUCACUGGGAAUUCAUUCACGGAGAAACUUUAUCCUUUCUUCUGGACGUUGGAUGGAAACUGGCUGAGAAUCAGCUCCGGUUCCGCUCCGGGUGUGUAAAAGGGUCGGGUGCAGGGACCGGCGUCAGGAGCGGGGCUCAGGGGCUGUGGGACAGAGGUACCUUCCCCCUCACUUCCAUCCAGGGAUCCCAGCUGUCCGUCCAAAUGAGACAGAGGUUCACGGUCACCUCAUCUACCGCAUCCUGCAGACUCCUGGUGCACAUUCGUGUGAAAGUCCAGAGUCACCGACCAUUUGGCUGAACACUUGCACUGGGUCCACCAAGGUCUGGCGGAUGUCAACUCCUCUUCCCAUUCCCACAUUGACUUUUCUUUUCUGGGCCUUCUCCGUUGCCAGAGUGAGGCCAUACACAA